AUGAGUUCUAUAAUAGAUAUAGCACCAGGUAUGGCAAGAGGACUUACGAUAUUCUUUGGAGUUUGUUUUAUUAUCAUGGCAUUAGUUUAUGUUUUUGGUAUAAUUGCAUCUGCGUUCGUAACGACUAAUCGACAAUCAGAGGUUGAUCUAUGUACGGAAGAAUAUAAACCGCAUUGUGAUUCGAAUGUAACGGCAAUGAUUUGGAUGAGAUGUAUUUUGAUGUUUAUUGCAAUUUUAUUUGGGAUGUAUUUCGCUGGGGUUGCGUCUAGAUUGGCUCAAAAGCUUGAAACAAAUUACCGUAUGAGACAUAAACAUAAAGGUGUGGCUAGAUCAUCAUCAGUAUCUAUACAAAGUGUUUCAAGUAAUGAUUAUAACCCGCAUGCUACAAUUAAAAACAUCUAG